UAUUUCAUUUUUGUAAGAAUGUACUGUAAUUAGUUAUUCAUACAGAACAACAUGUGCAAUAUAGUUGAAUGUUCUGUGAAUUUUUGCUUGUGUGGUUGUUGAAGAAGCUGUACAUUGAGUACAUGGUGGCUGAGGUAAGUUGGAUUCCCCCUAACACCGUGUCUCUGACUUCUUUAUUUUUCAUUGUCUGCAGGAUUUGUUGUUAUCCAGGUCCUUGAAUGUGGACAUUUGACUCUGUAGGGACAGGAGUUCAGUGCAUAUUAGAAAAUUCAGAGAAAAGCAAUAAGAAGAAUGAAUUCUUCUCUGAUAAAUGCUCCCCAGGUCUUAGAAUACAUCAGAGAAUUCACGAAGGAGAGAGACCAUAUGGUCUGUUAUCAUUCAGGAAUGUGGAUGUGGACUUCUCAAAGGAGGAAUGGGAAUAUCUAGACUGUGCUCAGAGGGCAUUGUACAUGGAUGUGAUGUUAGAGAAUUACAACAAUCUAGUCUUUGUGGUACUGGCCCAGCAUGAUUUGAAUCCUAGCACUUUGGAUGCUGAUGCAAGAGUAUAUGAGUACCAUCGUAUAUGUGAUAAAUAUGGGAAGGUCUUGGAUCAAGGUACAACACAUAUUGUCCAUGAGCAUGUGAAUAUCCAAGAGAAGGCUUAUAAAUGUAAUGAUCUGGACAAAAUGGUUCAUGAACUCUCCCUGUGUGCACCACAUGACACAAAUGAUACUACAGAAAAUUGCAACAAGUACAGAUUCGCUACCCACAGUCACGCCUCUGUUGAAUCACCAAACAAAAACAGACAUAAAAAUGGGAAGACGGGAGAAGAAUACUGCAAAUAUAAAGACUGUAUAAACUGUUUAAAUUUCUGUUCCAUGGUUAUUCAAAAUCAAAGAAUCCAUACAGAAAAUAAAGAACACAAAAGUACAAAGUAUGAUAAAGUAUUUGACUCUAAACACAUGCUGAAACAAAUCUACCAUCGAAAGAAACCACACCAAUGCAAGAAAUGUGGAAAAUACUUCAAGAUGUACUCAAGCCUCAGUGGACAUCAGAGAUCACAUACUGCAGGAAAACCCUAUAAAUGUACAAAAUGUGGUAAAUCCUUUCUGCAUUUGUUACAUCUCAAAGUACAUUACAAGAUCCACUGGGAAGAAAAUUCCUACAAAUUGUCAGAAUGUGGUAAGUGCUUUUAUCAUACAUCAGACUUUGAAAGACAUUACAGGACUCAAACUGGAGAGAAACUUUACAGAUGUAAUGAAUGUGGCAAAACCCUUUCUACCUCCUCAAAUCUUAAAGCGCAUCAGAGAAUUCACACAGAGAACAAACCUUACCAAUGUAAUGAAUGUGAGAAAUCCUUUACUCAGAAAAGCAAUCUUAUAACUCAUCAGAGAAUACACACAGGAGAGAAACCUUACAAAUGUAGUGAAUGUGACAAAUGCUUUAUCCAUGGUGCAAAUCUUAGAAGACAUCAGGUAGUUCAUACAGGAGUUAAGCCUUACACAUGUAGUGAAUGUGACAAAUCCUUUACCCAGAAAGACAGUCUUAGAACUCAUCAGAGAACACAUACAGGAGAGAAACCUUACAAAUGUAGUGAAUGUGAGAAAUCUUUUUCCAAGAGAGACCAUCUUAGAACUCAUCAGAGAAUCCAUACAGGAGAGAAACCUUACAAGUGUAGUGAAUGUGACAAGUCCUUUAUCAUGAAAGUCCUUCUUAGAAUUCAUCAAAGAAUACAUACAGGAGAGAAACCUUUCAAGUGUAAUGAAUGUGACAAAUCCUUUACCCAGAAAUGUCAACUUAGAAAUCAUCAAAGAAUUCAUUCAGGAGAAAAGCCUUUCAAAUGUAGUGAAUGUUUCAAAUCCUUUGCCCUGAAACGUAAUCUUACAACUCAUCAGAGAAUACAUACAGGAGAGAAACCUUACAAAUGUAGUGAAUGUGACAAAUUAUUUUCUAAGAAAGUCAAUCUUAAAACUCAUCAGAGAAUUCAUACAGGAGAGAAAGCUUAUACAUGUAGUCAGUGUGACAGAUCUUUUACUGAGAGAAGUAGUCUUAGAAUUCAUCAGAGAAUCCACACAGGAGAGAAACCUUUCAAAUGUACUGAAUGUGACAAAUCCUUUACCCAGAAUUGCAGUCUUAGAACUCAUCAGAGAAUUCAUUCAGGAGAGAAGCCUUACAAAUGUACCGAAUGUGACAAAUCCUUUACCCUUAAAGGCAGUCUUACAACUCAUCAGAAAAUCCAUACAGGAGAGAAACCUUACAAAUGUAGUGAAUGUGACAAAUCCUUUAGGAGUGCCUCAUCUCUUAGAACACAUCAGAGAAUUCAUUCAGGAGAAAAGCCUUAUGAAUGUAGUCAGUGUGAGAAAUCUUUUAAUCAGAAAACCAGCCUUAGAAAACAUCAAAAAAUUCAUAUAGAGAUGCCCUACAAGUGUAAUGUAUAUCAAAAUGACAAGUGCAUUUCUAAGAAAGCUAAUCUUAGAAUACAUCAGAGUAUUCAUACGAGAGGACCCUUUCAGAUAUUGUUAAUGUAAAUCCUCAUCUCUGAGAAGACAUCAGAGAAUACACGCAAGAGUGAAAACAUACCAAUUUAUCAAAUGUGAGAAAUCAUUUAUUUACUGUUGGCUCAUAUCUUAGAACAUAUCAGAGAAUUUAUACAGAAGAGAAACUUUACAAAUUGAGUCAGUGUGAGAAAUUGUUUAUCUAUAACACCAGUUUUGGAAGACAUCAAAGAUUCAUACAAAGGAGAAGCUUUAUAAAUGUAAAGUAUGGAGAAAAGCCUUUACCUGCCUCUCACAUCUAAGUAAACAUUUGAAAAUUCACAUUGGGGAGAAAUGUUUCCAUAGGAAAUAAUAUGGCAUUUGCUUCAUCCAAGCUCUAUUCUUAGCAACACUCAAGGCUCCACAUGACAGCAUCAUUAUGAACUUGAGAAACUUGUGAAAUAUUUACGUACUCUUCAAAUCUUAGAAAACAUCAAGAGUUUAUGCUGAGGAAAUUCUGAAAAUGUGACAGUGUAGGAACUUUUUCAUUAAAGUUUUUACUUGUUCAGCCAUAAAUCCUUCAUAAUGAAGACAAAAUGGAGAUGCCUGAAGAAGGUGAUGUUGCUUAACAGGUUCCCGGAGACUGAAAUGAUCCAUUCUAAAGGGAAGCUGAUUUAGCAAGGAAAUACACCACAAUAAUAGCUUUAAGAAAUCCCAGAAACCGACAGGAUUCAGUAUCCCAAACUCAAACGGAGAAAGUCAGACAAAUCAUGCCACUUAGAAGAGGAUUUUGCAAACUGAGCCACCAAGAUAGUAUGCUAUGCUCUCCUACAUGUAGAUCUGCAAUAUUCUUCAGAUGUCCAGUAUUCUUAAGCUGUAUCAGUGCAGGUUUCAAGCUUCACAAUAGUGACUGUUUGAGUCCCUUGUCCCAUAUUCCUUUCAGUAACUCCAAUAAAGGUCAUUGGUUCAUCAAA